UGUGUGUAAUAUGGAAGUAAAAGUGAACAAAAAAGUGAAAUCAGCAACCGAAGAUGAGCUGCAAUCGCUGACGAAAGAGGAAUUAAUAGCAAAAAUAAUCCAGCUUGAAGCACACAAUGCACAGCUCAAGAGUAUUGUACAGAAAAGCUUAAAAUCCCAUCAAGAAACCACCGACGGCAAAGCGAAGAAGCAGCACCGGCCGUUCGAUUUUAGCAAGUGUUUCAAACGCCACAUUUUGUUACGAUUUUACUAUCUCGGAUGGGAUUAUCAAGGUUUCGCUGCGCAGGAAGAUUCCAUCGAAACAAUUGAGCAUCAUCUGUUCACUGCCCUGAAGAAAGUGUGUCUGAUCGAAAGUCGUGAAACUUCCAACUACAAUCGCUGCGGACGUACGGAUAAGGGUGUGAGUGCGUUUCAUCAGGUGAUAAGCUUGGACGUUCGGUCCAAAUUUCGACCAGAAGAACAGCUGGAGGAAAGCAAACUGGCAGCCGAGUUGGAUUACUGUUCGAUGCUGAACCGGGUGUUGCCGGAAGAUAUACGUUGCCUUGCUUGGAUGCCGAUGAUAAAUUCAGCGUACAGUGCACGGUUCGAUUGCCGCUCACGGACGUACCGGUAUUUCUUCCCACGAGGAGACCUGGACAUAUCGGCGAUGGAGGAAAGUCUUCGUCAUCUGGUCGGGACGCAUGAUUUUAGGAACCUCUGCAAAAUGGACGUUGGAAAUGGAGUUGUUAACUUUGUGAGGAGUAUCGACGAGAUUCGUAUACGGCCAUCUCAGUUGGAUGGUUGGAGCGAAAAAAGUUACGAUAUGAUGUACUUGGAGCUUCGAGGGAAAGCAUUCCUGUGGCAUCAGGUACGAUGCAUUGUGGCUGUACUUUUGCUGGUUGGCCAGGGCAAGGAAGAACCGUCCGUGGUGAGGGAACUGCUCGAUGUGGAGAAGAAUCCCUGUAAACCACAGUACAGUAUGGCAAGUGAUGUGCCGUUGAACUUGUACGAAUGCUUGUUCAAUGAGAAAAGCAACGAAUCUACUGAACGGGAACAGACGGAAUCAGAUUUGAGGGAGUGGAUCUAUAAUGAGGAUAAUUUGCGCCGUACAAUUUCCGAAUUGCAAGGAAUGUGGAUGAGACAUAGUGUUAAGACAACGAUGGUUCGUGAGAUGCUGAAAACGUUGCAGGAUAUCUACAAUGGAGAGCGUCCCAUAUGUGAUCAAGCAGUUCUUUUGACGCAAGGUGUAAGGAGUAAAGAAUAUUGUCCUCUUCUUCAACGUCAACGAUGUGAGAGCCUAGAGAACCGUAUCGAACACUACGCCAAGAAGCGACGGAUCGAGGUUAGCAUUAAAUCAAACGACAGCAACGCCAACGGAAGCGACGGACCGGCAAAGCACGUCCCAGCUCAAGGCAUCAAUAACGUCGGUUAUGUAGAUCAUGGCGUGACACGAAUAGAAAAUUAG